UCCCUUGGUUCUACCCCCUACCCACCUCCGAGCACUGUCCCUUGGUUCCACCCCCUACCCACCUUUGAGCACCGUCCUUUGCACCAUCCCUUGGUUCCACCCCCUGCCCACCUCCGAGCACCGUCCCUUGGUUUCACCCCCUACCCACCUUUGAGCACCAUCCCUUGGUUCCACCCCCUACCCACCUCCGAGCACCGUCCCUUGGCUCCACCCCCUCCCCUCCUCCAAACGCCGUCCCUUGGUUCCACUCCCUACCCACCUCUAAGCACCAUCCCUUGGUUCCACCUCCAAGCACUGUCCCUUGGUUCCACCCCAUACCAACCUCCGAGCACCGUCCCUUGGUUCCACCCCCUGCCCAUCUCCCAGCACCACCCCUUUUAGAGAAUACAGAACCA